AUGCGGACUGCCGCAGUUUUUGGCCUUGCUGCCCUUGCAGCUGGAGCGAUUGCUUCCGACGUGCACGACCUCAAGCAGGAUACGUUCAAGAGCUUUAUAGAAGAACACAAUCUUGUGCUUGCAGAGUUCUUCGCGCCAUGGUGUGGUCACUGCAAGGCGCUCGCACCUGAGUACGAGGAGGCCGCUACACAAUUGAAGGAGAAGGACAUCCCUCUAGCAAAGGUCGACUGCACGGAAGAGGCGGAACUCUGCUCCAGCUAUGGAGUCGAGGGUUAUCCAACUCUGAAAAUCUUCCGCGGGCCGGAUAACGUCAGUCCUUAUAGUGGGCAGAGGAAAGCCCAAGCAAUCAUCUCCUACAUGACCAAGCAAGCUAUGCCUGCCGUCUCGGUACUCGACAGCAAGACCCUCGCGGACUUCAAGACUGCCGACAAGGUCGUACUUGUGGGAUACUUUGCCGCCGAUGACAAAUCCUCGAACGAAACCUUCUCCUCCGUCGCUGAGGGUCUCCGAGACAGCUUCCUCUUCGGCGCCACCAAUGACGCCGCUCUGGCCAAGGCUGAGGGAGUCAAGCAGCCUGCCAUUGUCCUCUACAAAACUUUCGACGAGGGCAAGAACACCUUCACUGAUAAGUUCUCGAAGUCUGCUAUCGAAGAUUUCGCCAAGGUCGCCUCGGUACCAUUGGUUGGCGAGGUUGGCCCUGAGACAUAUGCUGGCUACAUGGCUGCCGGCAUUCCCCUUGCCUAUAUCUUCGCCGAGACGCCUGAGGAGCGUGAGGAGCUCGCGACUGCUUUGAAGCCCGUCGCCACGAAGCACAAGGGCAAGAUCAACAUUGCCACCAUUGAUGCCACGGCGUUCGGCCAACACGCCGGCAACCUCAACCUCGAGGUCGGCAACUGGCCCGCUUUCGCCAUUCAGGACACCCAGAAGAACCAGAAGUUCCCGUUCACCCAGGGCCAGAAGCUGACCGAGUCAGCGAUCGGCAAGUUCGUCGAUGACUUCCUCGCUGGCAAGGUUGAGCCGAGCAUUAAGUCUGAGCCCAUUCCCGAGAAGAAUGACGGCCCAGUUACGGUCAUCGUUGCGCACAACUACAAGGACAUCGUCAUGGAUGACAGCAAGGAUGUCCUGGUCGAGUUCUACGCGCCAUGGUGCGGUCACUGCAAGGCUCUCGCCCCCAAGUACGAAGAGCUCGGCUCCCUCUACGCCAACCACCCCAACAUCGUCAUUGCCAAGGUCGACGCGACCGCCAACGACGUUCCCGAGGAGAUCCAGGGCUUCCCGACGAUCAAGCUCUACGCCGCCGGCCGCAAGUCCGACCCCGUGGAGUACACCGGCAGCCGCACCGUCGAGGACCUCGCAAACUUCAUCAAGGAGAACGGCGCCCACGGCGUCGACGUCUACGGUGAUUCCGACGACACGCUUGAGCUCCGGGACCUAUCCGACAUGCCCGAGCAGGCUGCCGCCGCUACCAAGAGCGCCAAAGACGCCGCUUCGGGCGCCGCUUCCAAGGUCAGUGGAGCGGGCGAGGCCGCUACCGAUGCGGCUGCUGGCGCGGCGUCCCAGGCUAGCGGCUCAGCGGCGAACGUGGCCGGGAAGGCUACUGACGCUGCCGCUGAUGCGGCUUCCAAAGCUAGCGGAACGGCGGCCGGUGCCGCCUCCAAGGCUACCGAUGCGGCUGCGGAUGCGGCUUCCCAGGCCAGCGGUUCAGCCGCCAGUGCCGGUUCGAAGGUCAGCGAGGCGGCUUCCGGUGCGGCUGAUAAGGCUACUGGAGCGGCUGCGGAUGCGGCGUCCAAGGCGAGCGGAUCCGCAGGAAGCGCAGCCGCAAAGGCUACCGACGCGGCAGGGAGCGCAGCUGAGAAGGCCACUGCGCCCGCAUCUUCAGCUGCUUCGGACGCGGCUAGCAAGGCUAGUGGUGCGGCUGCCAGCGGUGCGGAGGCCGUUAAGGAUAAGGUCAAGACCAAGAUCAGCGAGGGCGCUGAGGCGGUUAAGACCAUGGUUAUGGACGAUGAUGAUAUGGCGGCGGAGCACCACGAUGAGUUGUAG